AUUCUUUUGAGAACUCCUGUUAUUCAUAUGAUUAAUUCUGUCUAUCAAGUCUUCUCACCCAAAUGGAACACAAAUUUUAGGUGGGUCUAUGAAGGAGUUAUAGAUGAUCCUUAUGGUGAAUUUUUUAUUGCCGAGAACAAGUUCCUUCAAAAGGAGAGCCUCACUCAGGAUUAUGAUGCCAAGUAUUGGAAGCAACGAUACAGCCUCAAGGAUGGCAUUCCUAGCUUCCUGGCAAAUCUUGCUGGAACGAUAUUGACUACAGGAAAAUGUUUGAAUGUCAUGAGAGAAUGUGGACACAAUGUUCAGGUACCUGUGUCAGAAAAUUCUAAAUUAAGAAUCUUUGGCUCAAACCAUCAUUAUCUGGAGUGUAUCAAGGCUGCUCAUGAAUUUUCCAGUGGUGAACUCUUAAAUCUCAUUAAAGAAAAGUAUGAUCUGAUUGGAAAGUUGUGGUCAAUAAAGCAUUAUCUGCUUCUAGAUCAGGGUGAUUUCUUAGUUCAUUUCAUGGAUAUAGCUCGGGAAGAGCUCAUGAAAAAACUUGAUGAGAUUUCAGUGGAGAAGCUACAGUCCUUGCUAGACCUUGCAUUACGGACCACAGCAGCUGCCGCAGAUCCUUGUCAUGAGGACUUGACAUGUUAUGUU